UUGACGAACUGUCAUGGCGUAAAAGUGUACAAUUUUUGUGCACAGUAAAACAAAAAUAAUGAUUCUCAGACGUAAUUAUAUACGUUCUUAUACUAAAAACUCAUGUUAUAAAACAAAAAUAUCAUGAUUAACGUGUGUUUAAUAAAUUUAUAAGUGUGUGAGCGUUAAAAUGGACAAGAAAAAUGCCAUUAGGAGAGCCAAAAGGCCGUCCAAAGUGCUCGAGGAAAACUAUUGGGAUUGUAGCGUUUGUACAUACAGGAAUAACGCAGAGGCCUUUAAAUGUUCCAUGUGCGAUGUCAGAAAAGGCACGUCGACGCGCAAGCCGCGCAUCAACCCGGCGCUGGUGGCGGCGCAGGCGGCCGGCACCGCGCCAACCAGCUCGCAGAAACGGCCGCGAUCAGCCAACUCGCUCAAGAAGAAGCGACGCCACCCGCCGAGGCUUAGCAACGUGGAUCGCAGUUCCGCGCAGACUAGAGAGGUAACCGUAAGCGGCGUGACAGUAGUAAUAACAGAAUACAAACCGAAGAAAUCUGUUUCGAGCAGUUCUAGUGACGUGGAGUCUUCCAACGACGCGCGGCCCUGAUCUCCAGAUAUAACUAAUACGGAAUUAACUCAUAGAUCCUUGAUGCUUGGGUGCCGGGAAGGUGGUGCACGUGCAUCCCCCUGUCCGGAACAAAUCACAAUAAAACAUUAUUUAAUGACAACGGGAAAUAUCGACCACAGAAGCUUUAUUAUGGUUUAGCAUAAUAUACAAGUACCCGUGCGAUUUAUUGUGAAAAAAAAUAUGAUGUUGGUACUUACUAUAGUGUGUAGUGCGUAUCUCCUAAAAAUAGUCUUGGCGUCGCCGAUGCCUUGAUGUGAUCAGAAAAUUUGGAAAAUUAGAAGGUUUAUUCUGCCCUGGUAAUCGAUAGCAGAAAGUCGGAGAAGGCGGUUCUGCUGUAUUACAUGGUUAACUAGAUCUUAUCUGUCUUCUUGCUGUUUAUCAAACGAGUACAUGCAUUUCCAAUUUAAAUAUUUAAGCGAGAUUUCCAUACAUAUUUAAUAUCAGCACUUUUUUCUAUGUUUUUUUAAAUUAGUUAAAUUUUUUCGAAAGCUUAUGUCGAUGAGUACUUCAACCAUUGCUAUGUAGAUGUAUGAAACCUAGAUAGGAAGAAAGUUCGUCGUACAUUCUAAAUCAGUAACGAAACAAAAUGGCCGCCUUUGACUUACUGCCCUCUGGAUUACCACGGCUGCAUUUCUAAGGAAGUUUGGAUAAAAUGUGAACAAAAAUAAUUUCUUCUGCGUGACGUCAUCACAUCCGUUCACGCAAGUAUGUUGUGGCAAGUCAUUGGUACUUGAGAGAAAUGUGGUAAUUUUUCCCUUGUAUUACAAAAUGAAAUGAAAUAAUUUAUUUGAACCUGUAAUUGUUACACAUUAUUUAGAUUCCGUCAAUAUUAACUUUACCACCUGUUCGGAAAACAAUUCUCACCAGAGAACGGGUAUUUUAGUAAUACCAAAAUUUCUGUACGUUUUUUAAUUCGCAAAGCGUCUUUUAUGGAAUGCUGAGGGUUGGAUUAGACAUGUAAUCGUAGCUUAUGCCAGAUAGUGAAUAAAAAAGCAGAUUUUGCGUUUCAUAAUUUAUGGGCAGCGUCUUGGAUGUUUGUUCGAAAAAAUGUUUACGUUUUGUCGAAAGUUUUUUGGCAUUGGCUAUAGAGACUUUGGCGUGAGUAUUAAGGCUCACAUGCCAAGUAGCUUUUCAUAUUCAGGAUUUAUAUGUAUUUUUCGUUUAUAUUUCAGUAAGUAUUGGACUUGCGAAUUUUGUGUUUGUUUACCAAUAUUUUGUUGUGUUUUUAACAUUUGUAAUUAUUGGGAAUAUUUUGAAUUCAUGUUUUAAUUUUUAUAAAUUUCUCGAAUUUUUUGUUCUUUUUUUGUUUUGUCGUUUUAUUAUUUGUAUACAUGAAUGUCUUAUUUUUAUUGCUCGCUACAAGUUUGAUAUACGAGUCAUAUUGACGAGUGAUGAAUGUGAAUGAAUGGAAAGAGUGAACGAAUGUACGAAGGCACUAUAUGUUCCUAGGAAUGCAAGGAAGGAAAAAAUAUUUUUUUAGACCCAAUAGAGUUAAUUGAAAAGUGGAUUGAUAUGUGGGUAAUUUUUUUUCCUUCCUUGAAUAAGGUAUAUGCGUUGCGUAAUAAUACUAAAUAAUGAAAAAAAAUGUUAUCUGUUUACGUCAAAAAUUAAGGCAAGUCAAGAACUAAGAUAUUGCUGUCUUUUAUAAACAGUAUAGAGACUAAUAUCACCUGAUGAAACGUUUUUGUUGAAGGAACUUAUGGGUCAUUGCGUACAUUACUUUUAACGUCUACAUCUAUUUAUAAACUUUGACACAACGUCGUAUAUUCAUGCAAUGCUCAAAAAUAUCAUAUAUUUCGCAAUAUUGAAACCUAAGGAGUGCUAUUUUUCCAAAAAAAAAAGAGACGAAGAACGCAUAGAAUCUUUGGAACGCAAAUUUUGAAACAAACUUGGUGUGUACAAAAUCUUACGGCUACGUAAUUUUUUUUAAGCAACUGAUAUAUUUUUUAUAUUUUCGAUUAUUACAUCACUUGUUCAUUCGGCUGACCACAAACGGUCAAGACCGCGAUCUAUUUUGAGACAUUAUUUCAUGUACAAUACAAUAGUAAAAUGAUUAAAUAUAAAUUUGCAUAAUAAAUAUUAUAACUGUUUAUAAAAUGACAGCAAUAUGUAACUUAAAUAAUAAAAAAUCAUCACAUUAACUUAUUGUGAAUUGAAAUAAUGAAAUUGAACGUACCUAAACACCUUAUUAUUUAUUUCCAUAUAACUAAGCUUUAUGUAAUGCCAUUUAUUCUAUCGCUGUAACUUAUUUUUAGAUGUAGUUGAAUAUUAUUUUUGUAUAAUGAAUUAGAAAAAAAAUAAUUUGAUGGAUUGAUUGUAUAUAGAUUAGACCAGCUGGUCACUGCCAAAAUGAUAUGUAAAUACAUUCGGAGCAUUGGCGUUAGGAGGGAUAUUUAAGGGCGGCGUCACACGGUCAAUAUUUACCGUCAUUCAGGUUGAGUGUGUAUAGCGUAGUGUAAUGGCAAUAGUACUGUCAAGUUCUUGACGUGGAUGACGAAAAAUAAUGAUAGUGUUUCGCCAAAGAAUUGUAAUAUUUGUUGUAUAGAAUGGAUUUUUUGAUCAGAAAAUAAAUUUUAUGUGAAUUUGUCUCGCUUUAGGGGUUUUGUUUGAAAAGUAUAAAAUAGUAUUAGCUAUAAGGUAGUAAUGAAUUGUGGAUAGGUAAUCGAAUAAAACCCUAUAUCGAGACGGAUUCAUGUUAAAAUUCUC